UGUUGAGUUUGUUUACUUCCGAUCCUUCCUGGCAACAACUGGAUUUCGGUCAUGCUGGACAUCUCGCAAAUGUGCCGUGUUUGCCGGGACGAAUCCGACUGCCUGGUGGACCUGUUCGCCGCGUCCUGUGCCUCCUCCAGCUGGGACCAGGAGCAGCAGCCGCAUUUGGCCACCAUGCUGGCCGAGUGCAGCGGAUGCAGCGUGGCCAGGACGGACGGAAUGCCGCAGUUCAUCUGUGUGGAGUGCGCGAAGGCCACGAGGAACGCCUUUCGGCUGCGACGCCAGUGCCAAAAGAGUCGUAACUACUUUGACCAGCUGCGUGUUAUGAUCCAGGAGCUGGACAGCAUCGAAGCGGGCCUAAAAGUGGAGGAGGAGAAUGCCAAGCAGAAGUCGAGUAUGACAGAGGCACCCCAGCCCCAACCAUUGGAACCACUCUUCGUCGAACUCGUGGAGCUGAAGUACAAGUUGGGGACAUACCGGGAGAAACCCAGUGCCAAGGGCGCUCCACCACCACCACCGACUCCUCCGGACAGCAAGGAGUGCAUGGCAACCUACUCUUCAGUGAUGCAGCCAGUCAACAAGAGGGCAAGAUCAUACUCGGAUAACGAAUCCUGGAGUCCAGGCAGUGACCAGAACCAUGACGACGAUGAACCCUGGAGAGCCUCGAGAAAAAGCAAGGCGAAGAAGGUUCGGAAAGCCUUCCAGUGCCGACUAUGCGAUCAAUCCUUUGCCCAUAACACGCACCUGGGCAUCCACAUGCGCACUCACACCGGUGAACGGCCCUUCCAGUGCCCCCAAUGUCCACGAUCCUUCUCCCAAAAGGGUAACCUGGCGUCCCACAUGCGCUGCCACACCGGCGAACGACCCUUCAUGUGUCCUUUCCCAGGCUGCAGAUCCCGUUUCCGGCAAAUUGGCCAGCUGAACGUCCAUUCCCGGGUUCACACCGGCGAAAAGCCCUACAAGUGCAACAUUUGCCAGAGUUGUUUCAUACAAAAGAUUAACCUGCAGAAGCAUAUGAUCGUGCAUACCGGAGUAAGGUACGAGCCCAGCAACCAAAAAUCUAAAAAAACAAAUUUAGUUUAAGAUCAUCAAGUUAAGAUCAUCUUCGAUCAUUUGUAUAUCAGCCACUUUCUUGACAUUAUUUUACAUAAAGAUUUCUGUUCUGUGCAAUUGACUUUUAACUUUUCUUAAAAAGUCUUUGUUAUGUAGCAUUUAAUCAUCAUCGAAUAACCAAAUACUUUAUUAAAUAAGAAUCCCUUAAUUUUAGAAAUAUGAUGACAAAUGCAAUUUCAUUUCUGGUGUUCCUCUAUAAUUAUUAUAUUUUACGAAAUGUAUUUCUCAAAAAUUAGUUUAACGGCAUUUAAGUUAUUGCAAAUUUCACGUAACUUGCAACCUAGUGUGAAACUGUUGCUCUAGCAGCAAUUAUAAUACUAUAAUACUAUUUAAGACUAGUAUUUUAAGAAAUAAUAAAAUGUUUGAAUGAAAAGUA